AUGCCUUGGGAUCUGGAGGCGGCGCGCAUUACUGCUCUACCGGACGAUGCAUUCUACAUACCGAAUUUUAUCUCGAAGGAAGAGGAGCAGAUCUUGCUUCAGAAGAUUCAAUCAGCCCCCCUCCCCCGCUGGACCCAUCUAACCCACCGCCGCCUCCAAACCUGGCCCUCGUCUCUUACAAAAACAAACACCCUCCUCUCCUCCCCACUCCCACCCUGGCUCACAACACCCAUAAUCGACCCCCGCUUCAAAGAACUAGGUAUCUUCGCCCAGUCGCCGCACACAGCACCAAACCAUGUCCUGAUCAACGAGUACCAUCCCGGUCACGGCAUUAUGCCGCACGAGGAUGGACCGGCUUAUUAUCCGCUCGUGGCCACUGUGAGUCUGGGUGCGGCUAUUGUGUUGGAUAUUUACGAAAAAGACAAGGAGAAAGACGAUGGGGGCGCGGAGAAAGAAAAAGAGGGAAAGGCAGAGCCGGAAGCAGACUAUCUUCGAAGUCCACGGUUCCGGAUCCUCCAGGAAAGAAGGAGUUUAUUGGUAACGCGGGGCAAGAUGUAUACAGAUUUUCUGCAUGGGAUUGCGGAACGAGUGGUGGAUGGGGAUUUGGGGACCGAGACGGUUUGCAAUUGGGGGUUGUUGGGGGAGAAGGAUGGGUUUAUGGGGGGAUCAUACAAGAGGAUGACAAGGACGAGUUUAACGUAUCGGGAUGUUUUGAAGGUUGCCAAGGUUGGGAAUACGUUCAAGUUUUUGGGGAGAGGUCGUGAUAUUUGA